CCGGCUGCCGGGAGCUUGCAAGGCCACGGAGGCCGGCCCGGCGCCAGGGAUGGGGUCGUCUGUCGUGUAGGAGCCAUGCCACCGGGUCCCCGGGUCUUUCCAGCUUCUCGCCCCGGCCGCCACGCCCCGCCUGCGCGCCGGGAUGGUGAACCUGGCGGCCCUGCUGUGGCGCCGGCUUCUGAGGAAGAGGUGGGUGCUCGCCCUGGUCUUCGGGCUGUCGCUGGUCUACUUCCUCAGCAGCACCUUCAAGCAGGAGGAGAGGGCGGUGAGAGAUCGGAGUCUCCUCCAGAUUCCAGACCAUGACCAGCCCAUCCCGUGGAAGGUGCAGUUUAACCUGGGCAACAGCAGCCGGCCAAGCAAUCAGUGCCGAAACUCCAUUCAGGGGAAGCACCUCAUCACAGACGAGCUGGGCUACGUCUGUGAGCGGAAGGACUUGCUGGCCAACGGCUGCUGCGAUGGCAGCGUCCCCAGCACGAAGCAGUACUGCUGCGACGGCUGCCUGGCCAACGGCUGCUGCAGCGCCUACGAGUACUGUGUCUCCUGCUGCCUGCAGCCCAGCAAGCAACUUCUCCUGGAGCGCUUCCUCAACCGGGCAGCCGUGGCCUUCCAGAACCUCUUCCUGGCAGUCGAAGACCACUUCGAGUUGUGUCUGGCCAAAUGCAGGACCUCCUCUCAGAGCGUGCAGCACGAGAACACCUACCGGGACCCCGUAGCCAAGUACUGCUAUGGAGACAGCCCGCCGGAGCUCUUCCCCGCGUGACGGAAGACAGUCGGCAGGAGGCCCCGAGGAGCUCACCUGGGCCCACUCUAGUGCCCAGGCCUGUCCACGGGAGGAGCUAGGUGCACUUGGGUACCAGGACACCUUCACUCUGGCCUCCCAUAGUGUCGCCAGGCUCUGCUCAGCACAGAGCACGACCGGAUGGAGCUCUUCAGUCAAGCAGCCAAGAGCCUCAGCUGGUCCUGGGGCCGGGCUGAGCUGGUUGGAGCAACGCUGGCUGUUGCAAGAUGUGGCUCAGGUGCCUGCACAGGGACCCGGACUUGGGUUUGUCUGGUGUCCACUGCCAUUUUGAUCCAGGCCCUCUCUCACUGUAUGUUUAUUUAUUGGAUCUCUUUGGAGUGGUGGGGAAAUGCAGUGUUUGAUUCAGGACAAUGCCUUGCCAUCCUAGUUGAGUAUACUCAAGGAAAUUACUUUUGUGGUUUCUCAGUUUCAUGGCUUAAAACCCUGUGUUCACCCAGAUAAAAUGGCUUGUCUCUGAGGAUGUGGGUAUUCUCUCUUAGGAUGUGGAUAGUCUCUUAGUUAUUUUUGGUUUUAACAGUGUCUUCAAGAAUGGGCCUUGCGUACAACCUAGUUGGCAUGUCCUGGCACCUCUCGGUAUCUAAAACCUCAAAAGACACUGUUGUAAUCCUGGGUGAAACCACCAGCACUUCGGUGCCUCGGGCCCUCAGGCCCGUCUCUCUGACCCUACCGUGCACCCUAGGCGAGGGCCCUGUUUGAGCCAGCAGCCUGCUCGUUGUCCUGGAGGAGCUGGUCUUGGCUUCCUGCUCCAGGGCAGCAGGGGAGCCCGAGGCCCCUGUCCUGUGGUGGUACCCGGCAGUAAGGUGAUCGUACCCUGCAUUCCCGCCUGCCAUUGGCCUCAGGCUGUCGCAGAUGCAGACAGUUUUCCUAUGCAAAGGAUGGCAAACCUCAUAGGGCUUCCAGUGACGCCGUUGGCCCGCUGUGGCACGUGUGCCAGAGGUUUGUCGCCGCGGCCCUAGGACUUUUGAAGCUGAAAACCCAAGUUUCUGUGAAAGGGCUGGACAGUUUUACCUGCCCUCUGUGGGAUGCGUGUGAGCGUCACCAAUAGGACACCAAGCGCCUGGGCUGUGCUUGUGCUGGACCCCGGGCGUGGAGCGCUGUGCAUUCUCCAGCUGCGUCUCACGCUUAUGCCUGGAAUGUGUGGUCCGAGAUUAAGACAUCCUGGCUCUUGCAGGGUGCUGCCUGGGACUUCAGGAGUCCCUUGAACACACCCCCUCCGGGACCCCUUACUAACUUAGGCACGCACCAGGCUGGUUUCAUUGUGUCAGUUGUUCAGGCUGACCUGGAAGCAGGGUGCUGGUUGGUGAUCUGCUUUGAGCACUGUUUCUCCCUUUUUUUGUUUCCCCCAGCACUGGUGACUGAAUCCAGGGUCUUUCCACUGAACUAUAACUAUAUUUUGUGUUUUAUUUUGAGAUAGAGUCUCACUAAUUUACUAAAUUGUCAAAGGUAGGGCUGGAACCUGUGGUCCCUCUGUCCGUGCCUCCCAGGACGCUGGAUUAUAGGCGUGCACCCAGCGUGCCCAGUGUGACGGCUGUUUCCCUUUUCUUUUUUCUGGGUGUUCCUUUGAAACAGGUUCUCACUCUGCGUGUAGCUCCGAUGGGCCUUGGACUCACUGCCUCAUCCAGGCUGGUCUCACGGGUGAUCUCCUGCCUCCGCCUGAGCUUUUUCUCUGGGCCUUGUUUGCCUUCUGGUAUAUGUUUCUGCAGUAAGCCGUGGCAGUUUCCUUUAACUUCCUCUGCUACCUCUAAAAAUUACCUCCCUAACAUCAUUUGCCCCACUAAGUAAGUUUUCUUAGAGGGUAAGCUGUCAGGCAGCUGUUCUGUAAGAUUAGAUCCAAAACACAAAAACAAAAAACCUGAACAGUUUUGAGCUUCUGUGUGAGAUCAAACUCUGAGGGAGCCGAGUGUUUUCCCUCGUGGUUUUCAGCAGCUCGGUGUGGAGCCUGUACCUCGCGGGUGCUGCUGUCACCCUGUGUGAGGCUGUUUUGACCUUGAGCGGUGUGAUGCAGACUUACCGGGUGCUUGCACUGCUCACGGCCUCCACUGCGCCCUAGGACAGCACCUUCCCCGCAUUCCCCGCUCUGCUACAGGGACUGCAGCCCUCUGCUGACCAGGCAGCGACACUUGUGUUUGCACUCCGGAGAUGAGGAAAGAGAGGGGUGAGAUGCCCCCGAGUCCUGCCGAGAUGGAGUGACCGAACCCGACCAGGCCGCGUCUUGAUUCUGGCCCGGUGCGCACUCCCUCUAUUUCCCCGGAGGCCUCUGGAUGUCAGUUGUCGGUCAGGGGUGGUGGGCGUAUCCAAAUUAGGUCGGUAUCCCAAGGCCAUUUGCAUUUGGCCGUGCAGUAUGUUUUUGUACUCAAAUCAGCUGGGGUGAGCGUACUGUGUGUAGUAAGUCGGGGCCCAGCCGCCCCGCAGGCCUCGCCUUGCUGCUCCCCACGCCCCAGGCUGUCUCUGGCUUCCUUGCUGCAGCGGGAGCUUUGCUGUGCUUCUAUUUGUCCAGGUCCCAGCAAAGUGCAUGUUAGCAUGUUGAGAGUUUAGGAAAAGACCCCUAAGUAAAGAUAAGAGCUGCCGCAGUUUAGGAAAACAAAUUAUUAACUACUGAGAGCUUGGGUCUAAAGGCAGCUGAGUAGUUGUGAGCGGUCCUCUCCAUCUUGGGCCUUUUAUUGGCCAUCCCUGUUACUGGAAACUCAGCAUAGGAAGUGUCCUGACAGGGAGGAGCACACUGCAGAGUGAAGGGCUCCGAGGGCCGGCAGAUGGGGCCCGGGAGCCAGUGUGGACGGUGAGCUGGGGCUCCGGGAGGAAACGGGGACACGGGAACGGCCGCACGGCCCCUGACAGUCUGGUGGAUGGGCUGUGUGUGCACAGAGACCGCCUGCUAGGCAUCUCCUUCGCAGGCGGGAGACACGCGGCCUCGGGCAGGCGCUUUCCUCCCGGGACUCGCAGGCCGUUCUGUAAAGUGGGCCCAUCUCUGCGGGACGGGCAGGAGGUCACUGUGGCUGUCGGCAGCCUGGGGGGGUGGGGGGAUGGACGGGACUGGGAAUUACUGAGCCCUUCUUAUUUACUAUUAGUAAGGAUGAAAAUUUCAGAUAAUUCAAAAAUAGCAAGCAGUAAAAUUAAUGACCCACAUUCACACAGCCUGGAGAUAAGUGGGAGCCAUUUUCCCCUUCUCUGUGACUUUCUAGGAAGAGAGGAGGCCACUUACUCCUCAUGAAAACAACCCUUGCAUGGUGCACAGGAACCUCUGUGAUGUGCUUGGCCACAGUGUCAGUUUCAUGGCUCUGCAGCACUGUGAUCGAUUCACUGCUGAGGGCCGUUAGCUCGUGCCCAGGGAGGGUCGCUUCGUUUGCUACUGCAAAUAACGCAGUGAUGGUACCUUUUAUAUACAGUGUGUGUGUUUCUCUGAAUUGUUCUCGCCAGUGUACGCUACCUAAUGUGUAUGAUAGUGCUCUGUCCUACCCUAGUAACGCUGUUACCAGAUUUAAACUCUUUGCUAUUGCAUUUCAGUGUUCUACUUUGUAUCUGGACUAUUUUAAAAAAAUUCAUAACAUUGCCUUUUAUGUAUCAAAACUCGUACUGAGCGGUGAGUUCCCGAGAGUAAAAGGGGGUUCGAUUUUGCA